AUGAAAACGGAGAAAAAGAAGCCAACUACGGAAGCAGAUGUGGAUUCAGAUGAAGAGCUUAACCCGGAAAAACACAAGGAAUCCUUAGGAAAACUAAAGAAAAUAGAUCCUGAUUUUUACCAAUUUCUUGAACAGAAUGAUGAUAACCUUCUUAAUUUUGACAUCGAAACGGGAGAUGAAGACUCGGAAAAGGAUGAUGAUGAACAAGAAAAAGUGCAUUUACCCGGUCCUCUCACUAUGGAUAGUGAUGAAAGUGAUUUUGAGGAUGAAACAGCAAAACCAGUCAGUGGCAAAGUAACACUUAAAAUGGUAUCACAAUGGCAAAACAAGCUACAUCCAGAAGGAAAUGUUAAGCGAACAACAUUAGUGACUGUCAUUAAAGUUUUUAAUGCAGCAAUGGUGAGGGCAACAAGUGAUGAUGGUUCAUCAACUGCAGAGUAUAAAGUUGAAGGCUCAUCUGUGUUUAAUGCUGUUAUACAGAUGUGUGUUUUGCAUUUACCAUCUGCUUUCAAGAACUAUUUGGGUUUGGAACAGGCUGGAAAAGAUCCUCAGAAAUGUAAAAAUUUUUCUAAAAUAAAAGCACCCCUAGUGACAUAUCUUAAAGAUCUAUUAAAACUGCUAAGUGGCGUUAGCUCAGUAAAUAUAUUGACUGUUUUAUUAAAACACUUGCACCAGAUGUCAAUUUUUAUUGGAUGUUUCACAAGAGUGUCUAAGUUAGCACUCAAGAAGCUAAUUACGCUAUGGUCUACUGGAGAAGAGACUGUGAGGGUCCUCGCCUUUUUAAGUAUUUUAAGGAUAACACGGAAUCAACAGACUGCUUUACUAGAUCUGGUCUUAAAAGUUAUGUACAUGACAUAUGUGAAAAACAGCAAGUUUGUGAGCCCAAGUACUUGGCCAGGAAUAAAUUUUAUGAGGCGAUCUCUCGUGGAAAUGUUUGCCCUAGAUUUAAAUGUUUCCUAUCAGUAUGUUUUUCUGUACAUAAGACAACUGGCUAUACAUUUAAGAAAUGCAAUAGUAGUACAAAAAGUAGAGAACAGACAAGCUGUCUAUAAUUGGCAAUUUAUUAAUUCCUUACAUUUAUGGGCCGACUUGAUAGCAGCGACUUCAAACAAGGCACAAUUACAGCCAUUACUCUAUCCUUUAGUGAUGAUAAUAACUAACACUAUAAAAUUGGUACCGACUCAUCAGUACUACCCUCUACGCUUUCAUUGCACGGAGAUUAUGAUGAAUUUGUCUAAGGAGACUAAUACUUUUAUACCUCUACUUCCAUAUUUGGUAGAUGUAUUGACAUCAUAUGACUUUAGCAAAAAACAUAAGAAAGUAUCCAUGAAACCUUUAGACUUUUCUUGUAUUCUUCGCUUAGCUAAGUCGCAGUUGUCUGAGAAUGGAUUUAAAGAUUCUGUUAUUGACAGAGUUUACGCCCUUUUGUUAGAGUGCAGCGCUAAUCAGUCCCAUUAUAUAGCUUUUCCGGACAUCACUUUAUUAGCUGUUCUUCAGAUAAAACAAUUUCUUAAAUCAUGCCCAGUUGCAAAUUAUACUAAGAAAAUGAAGCAGCUUCUGGAUAAGAUUGAAGAAAAUGCAAAAUUUAUUGAACAUGAGAGAUCUAAAGUAAGCUUUUCUCUAUCUGAAGAGAAAAUGGUAGCAGCGUGGGAAGCUAACAUCAAAGCUAAAGGUACACCUCUUAUAACAUUCUAUGAAAACUGGAGCAAAAUCAACAAAAUUCAGAAGAGAAAGAAAAUAACUAAGAAUGAUGAGAUUGCUGGAGAAUUACCCAUGAUUAAGAGACGUAAGAUCCCUGAAAAUGAAGAAGCACCAGAAAAGAAAGGUCCAAUGGUUCUAUUCCCAUCAGACAGUGAAGAUAAUGAUAACUUCAAAAUUGACGAGGAGCAGGAAAAAGCUAAGACUAAAAAGUUGAAAAAGAAAACAAAGAAAUCCAAAAAACCAAUAGCAAACAUACAAAAUGAUAAUAUCCCCGAAAUUGAAGAUGUUGUUGAAGAUUUUAGUGUAAAAGAUUGGAAAUAA